AUGCCACCGAAAUCAAAGAAAGGGUGGAAGUCGAUCGUGCCCUUCCGUUUGACGACAAACUCGGCUAAACGUUUCUUCUUAUUCUCAAAAGUGAAAUCCGAUGGUUGUGGGGUCAAAUCCACUCCAGUUUACCUCAAUGUUUAUGACUUGACAACCAUGAACGGUUACGUUUACUGGGCUGGCCUUGGUAUAUUUCACUCUGGUGUUGAAGUUCACGGGGUGGAAUACGCAUUUGGAGCUCAUGACUUUCCAUCGAGUGGUAUUUUCGAAGUCGAGCCUCGACAUUGCCCUGGAUUCCAGUUCAGGAAAUCCAUAUUUGUGGGGACCACAUCAAUGGAUGCUGCUCAGAUGAGGGAUUUUAUGGAAAGGCAAGCCGCUAGGUACAAUGGAGACACGUACCACCUCAUUGUCAAAAACUGCAACCAUUUCUGCAAAGACAUUUGUUACAAAUUGACAGGGAAGAGAAUCCCAAAGUGGGUUAAUCGACUCGCCAAAUUAGGUUCGGUUUUCAACUUUGUUCUGCCAGAAGCCCUUAAAAUCACCACCGUGCAGCACGACCCUAAACACCAAACAUUUGACGAUAGUGAAAAGAGAAGGCUAAGAAGUACUUUCACUUGUCUGUCCUCAAUCUCGUCAAGGCAAAAGCAGUUGUCGACUUCCUCAUUGCUGCUACAAACCCCUUUGAAAGUCCCUUGGGAGCUAAAAAGGUCCGCCAGUAAGUUGCUCAAGGAAAAGGAAAGAUGA